ACGUAGGUUACGCGUCGAGAUAUGCGGAAACGUUACACCAAGAAUUAAAGUCCAACUGACUGAGCUCUCAGAAAAGAUACCGCUCAAGUAGAAUCCAGCAGCUGUGUGACAGUUAAUGUCAGCACUGUAAAGUAGCGUAAGUUUAGAAUUGUUAGAAACAACGACGAGGUCUUAGAGUAUCACACGUUUUUAUAGUUUUUUAGAAACCAAAUUAAGGAGAAAGAAAAAAAUGAAAUGGAGGGCGGACUGUCGGUCAUUUUGGAGAAUUACGUUAGGGUGUAACUUUGCCCUUACACCGGUAGUCGAAUGCACCCACGUCGGGGCCUCGGGAAGGGCUGGCUUAUAACAGAGGGAGCAGUCUGCCGUAAAACCCGGACAAUAUAACUCACCAGGAAAGCAAAUAACUAUCUGCAAAAAUUGUAGAAUCGCAUCGGAUCACUUGAUACACUCGCGCCGACUGUUUUGGAUGUAUGUUGACACACCAGAUUUACAGUAAACACAGUUUUAAAAGUUACAUACUAUUUCAGCGGAAGGCUAUUCCCUCACCUCGCAUCGCUAUCUGUGUUGCUACUUCGCUACCAGCAGUACUGGUGCGACCACACCCUCCCCGCUUCCUGAUACUAUACAGAAGAUGUAUCGGGAGAGAAGGCGCAACUGACUUUCAGUUUGUAAUCUCCACCACUUAUUUUUCAGCUGCCGUGUGGCCAACCAGAAGUUUAAUUUUGAAUGAAAGGUGACAGACGCUUUCAGGAGUUUAGGCCAUCAUUUCUCCGAGGACAUGACUGCUAUGGAUAUCAAAACCGAAACCCGACACAGGAUAUGCCGGACAAGACAUUCGCGCCCCGCGUUUUGCUAAGAAGAGCUUAUGGACAAUAGAUAUGCCUAUGGAAUCAAACCUGCCGGACGAACUAGUUUCUAUCGCGGGAUUGUGUAUGAAAAAGAAGAGGUUGAAAGUCGCGGGAGGGCCAGUGCAGUUGGCCUGUUGCGUUUUUGGAGCCUUCUGUUUGGAAAUACUCAUGGAAUGAUGAUGCAGGAAAGGCAAAGGGGGCGAGUGGUCGAACGGAACUGUCUGGGUGGUGCUCUCCUUGUUACUGGCAUGAGCCAGCCUCCUCCCUGUAAAACUAGGGUGGCCAAACUUAGUGGGAACACAUCAACUGACAAUUCGGUUCACAUACACCCUGCUGCCUUCAAGCAAGCAGGUAUUUUAAAGUCCUAUGGUGUUCUUGACUAGACUAUGAUUAACCUGAAAAUAGGACAUCUCUUAAAAUUGUAGCUCGUUAAUUCAAAUAUUUGAAAAGUGUUACAGAUCGAGAAUAUUGUUUAUUUUCUUAGAUUAAUACCUUUUAAUAUAAUCUGUACAUUCUGCACUUUGCCUAAAGUAUAGGCACAUUGGUGGCACUGCAGUUUAGUGUGUGAUUUUGAACAAUAUAGCUUAUUACCAUAACCUGUGAAUUGUUCUGUUUUGCAAAAACCUGGGACUACAAAAUCUAAUAGUUGGUGGUUGAAGUUUUUUUCAGGGCAUUUUAUUUAAUAUGUAAACAUAAAAACGAAUAAGUUAUAGCCUUAACACUGAGUAAUUGAGAAGUUAUAAUUUGAAGGGAUUAUUCUCAAGUGUAUUUGAUAUUGAAAUGCAAAGAGUCAAUCUUUGUAAUAGUUAAUUUUAUAGACCGUAGCUUAACAAUCUCCAAACCUUUCUAAAUUAAUCACAGCAUACUUACCAUCUGUAUUUUGUAAGAAAUGCUGAACUUAAAUAUCAUUUUAUAGAAAUGUUUACUUUGAGAAUACAAUGCCCUGUGCUUUUUCACAGUCUCACAUUGACAUGUACAGUUGACUACAUAUAGGCCAACUCUGAAGGACUAUUCGGAAUAUUUUCUGGCCAGUUCAAACGUGCGGUUUUUACAUAUCUAGAGGUGUGGGUUAAUGGUUAAUAACAAUGUCUUACAACAACGCAUUCUCGCCAUGGAGCGUAUAAGACAAAGUAAAGCACGUUUCUGACCUAAACCUCUCCACGAUUGAGCGGCGUGACCACCCUACUAUGGCUAGUAGUGGCUCGGGGAAGUCAGCUAGCGAGUGUUCGAGCGGUACACAGAGCAGCGGCUUGCAGCAGAGGAAGAAGCUGUCAUCCAUCUGCGAUACGUGCAAGGGCAAGAUGCAGCUUGUGGCCGACCUGCUCCUGCUGUCCAGUGAGACGCGACCCGUGGUCACAGCGGAUGGCACGGCGGUGGCCGAGACCUUUGAGCAGUGCCGCGACACAAUCAUCGCCCGCACUAAGGAGCUUUCUAUCCUGAUCCAUGACAUUCAGUCACACCUCAACAUGGGCCGCUUUGUUGAGGUCGGGGAGCGCUUGCUAGAGAUGGGGGACCUGGUGGUGUCGUUGACCGAGUGUUCAGCGCACGCCGCCUACCUUGCGGCGGUUGAGACCUCAGGUUCUCAGCCAUGUCUACCGGGGCUGGUUGACCGCUACAAGGUGACCCGGUGUCGCCACGAGGUGGAGCAGAGCUGUGCGGUCCUCCGGGUUACGGCGCUGCCAGACCUCACGCCCCAGCUUCUCCUGGAGCUUUCUCAGAACAUCUCACGCAACCUCAAGACCCUGACGGACGCCUCAGGCCUGGCCAGCGAGAGGUCCAAGGACCGUUUUGCCAAGGAACAGUUUAAGCUCGGCGUCAAGAGCAUGAGCACGAGUGGCACGGCCCUGCUGGCCUGCAUCCGCGAGGUCAAAACACAGCCCAGCGAGCUGACGCGCAACCGCUGCGUCCUGUUCAGCGCGGCACUCGUCCAGGCCGUCAAUGCCCUGGUGGGCUUCGCCACGGAGCCACAGUUUCUGGGCAGGGCUGCCAGUGUGUCCCAGGAGGGUAAGGGUGUGCAGACCGCCGUCCUGGGCGGCGUCAUGAGCGUGGUGUCGGCGUGUGUCCUCCUCACUCAGGGCCUCCGAGACGUCUCCAAGCAUCCCGAGAGCAGCACCAAGAUGGUGGACUACAGGGAACGCCUGCGCAACUCUGCGUGCGCUGUGUCGGACGGAUGCACUCUGCUGUCGCAGGCACUGAGGGAGAGGUCGUCGCCCAGGACCCUGCCGCCGGUAAAUUCCCAUUCUGUGAAUUAGUUUGACGAAGGAAUAGUCAUGAACCCUUUGUAGAGGUGAUCGAGGACAGGAUCAUCCGACAUGUCCUUGUUUUUGGCGUGCCCAAAGAGACUUGUUUUAUAAUGGCCCUGUUCUAUUAGCGAGGCGAGGUUAAGUGAAAACACAGCGUCGACACAAUGGAAGGCCAGUCACAACACAAAGGACAUCUAUGGAUGUGGUUCUAUAGAUGAGCUAGGUGUUCUGUGGUUUGGAGAUCAACUGGAGUAACAACAAAUCGGAAAACAAGGUUUUGGUUGUGCUGGAUGUGACCCAGACCUUGUCCUGACAGCUGAAACUCAGGCUCCAAUCUUCACAUAAUGGUUGGCCUUCUUUUUACCAAAAAUAAAUGUACAUUGAUCUUAAAACCUGAAAAAUUUACCUCAGUUUUCAGCUAUGAUGGAAACAAUCGAUAUUAAAUGAUGGAUGUAGCCUGCCGUGUGUGUGUGACCAAUGACCUAUGAACCCCUAGGUGACCCUUAGUAGACGUCCAUGUGCCUGAGAGUGGAAAGGAAGACGUGUGUCCUCCAUCGCUUGUGUUUUUCAAUGUGUGAAAUUCUUAAAAUGGGUAAAAGCUGCUGUGAGUGUGUGCCAUAGGUUUUACACUAUCUACCAGACUUUCCAUAGUAUUGUUAAUGUGUUUUUUUUUUUUUGGAUCAUGCAUGUAUAAAUGAGUAUUUAUUUCGACUAUUAAAAAAGGUUGUGUCUCGUAAGCGCUGCUGUCAGAUCAGUCUUUGUGUCAGCGUACCUUUAUUAAUCAUGAUCAGAGCAGUGUGUUUCAACCACUACUACUUUGAAAUGUGAUGUAGACAGUCAAAAUCAAACCAAAACUCUCCAACUCUUCUAAAGCCAGUAAGCCUUGCACUGUUGAUUGGAGUAUAGGCUCAUUAACAAAAUAUGUUUGCUUGUUUUGAAAAUGUGAAAAAGCAUUUAUUUAGUCAACAACAACAAAACAUUAGAAAUGUAUACUGGUGAAACCUAUGUUGUGCGUUUGAGCAAGACAACUAAAACUGCUUGUGUAAGUCACUCUGUAUAAAUGUCUGCUAAAGUACUAAAAUGAGAAAUGUAAAAUUAUGUAACAGGUGGCAUAAGGUUUUUUCCAUACUGAACAAAGCACUGAUAGAAGUACCUUAUAAAACCCUUGUAUUGUAUGGCAUUUGGUCAUACAUUAUUUAUGUAGAUUUGGUAAAGGGGUAAUGAAGGCUUGAUGUAUCCUCACAACGUGUAGUUGGUGAAAGUAUCUCCAUAAAGACAAUGUUUAGCUACCAUGAUUUAAAAGGUGAAAUAUUAAAGGUUGUUUGUUAUGUGU